CCACUCAAAGUUCUCCUCUAGUCAGAGGAAAAAUAUCCAAUUCUAUAUAUCCUAAUUCCUUUACAUAUUUCUCUGAUCAGAUCAAGACCCACUUCCCCAAAAUGCAGAUUCUUGGAUGGGUUUUUAAGCUCUUUUUCUUAUAUUCAGUAUUCAGCGUGUUCUCGAUCUCGCUUGCUCGUCGCGUUUGCUCGGAUGCGGAUAGGGCAGCUCUUGUUGCAUUCAAAACAAGAAUAAUGGUGGACACUACAGAGAUUUUAUCUUCAUGGACAGGGACAGACUGCUGCAGCGGAGAUUGGGAAGGUGUUCAGUGCAACGACGCUACUGGGAGAGUAACAGGGCUUGUGUUGCAAGGAUCCAAUAGAGACAGCCAUCGUUACAUGAGGGGCACUUUGUCGCCUUCUCUGGGCAGUUUGUCUUUCCUAGAGGUGAUGGCGAUAAGCGGCAUGAAACAUAUUGCAGGUCCCAUUCCUGAAACCUUUGCUACUCUCACUCGCCUCACGCAGUUAAUCCUCGAAGAUAAUUCUCUUCAAGGGAACAUUCCUCGUUCUUUGGGGAGUCUCUCCAAUCUCAAUACCCUCUCACUCAGUGGGAAUCGCCUGGUCGGACAGAUUCCUCCAAGCAUUGGGGAUUUAAGAAAGAUCCAAAUUUUAGGUUUAUCAAGAAAUUCUUUAACAGGUUCUAUCCCAAUCACUUUCAGAAAUCUUGUCAGCUUGCAAUCUCUCGAGCUUAGUUUCAAUUUGUUGUCUGGGUCCAUUCCAGAUAGUCUUAGGCAGUUUCAAAACCUUACUUUCUUAGACUUGUCUAAUAACAGAUUGUCAGGCCAACUACCAACUUCCAUGUUCAACUUGGCCAAACUUCAGGAUCUGUCCUUGGACCACAACCAGCUGACAGGAAAUAUUCCCAGUCAGAUUGCUAGCCUAAAUUCGCUAACCCGUCUUUCUUUGAGUUCUAAUCAGCUCACUGGUCGAAUUCCAGAGUCUAUUUCAACAUUACAGAAUCUUUGGUACCUUAACUUAUCUAGAAAUGCACUCACUGAGCCGCCACCACUUAUGCAGAGCGGAGGGCUUCCUUCUCUAUUAUCGGUAGACCUGUCUUACAACAAUCUCAGUUUAGGGACAAUUCCUAAUUGGAUCACUGAAAAAACACUUUCAGCUGUCCAUCUAGCUGGCUGCAAACUUAGAGGAAACCUUCCGAAUUUUGCAAAACCAGAUUCUUUGAGUUCCAUAGACCUGUCAGAUAACUAUUUUACAGGUGGUAUUUCUGGCUACUUUGACAGUAUGACUAGUUUGCAGAGACUCAAGCUCUCAAACAACCAAUUCAAGUUGGACCUUUUGGAGAUCCAACUGCCAGAUGGGAUUUCCUCUGUUGAGCUCCAAAUGAAUCAGCUUACUGGGUCUUUGUCGAGGAUCCUAAACAACAGAACAAGCAGCUUUUUAGAGACAUUAGAUGUAUCAGGCAACCAAAUUUCUGGCACAAUACCGGAAUUCGUUGAAGGAUUGGGCUUGAGAGUCCUCAACAUUGGAAGCAAUCACAUUGGAGGCCUCCUUCCUGGUUCAGUCUCAAACUUGAUUGAACUAGAAAAGUUAGAUGUCUCCAGGAAUCGUAUAACAGGAACCAUUCCUACAAGCCUGGGGCUAAUAUCAAAUCUUCAAUGGCUUGACCUAUCCAUCAACGCCCUCACAGGGACAAUCCCAACUAGCUUGUUGGGAAUCAAAAGCCUAAGGCAUGCAAAUUUUAGAGCCAACAGACUAUGUGGCGAGAUCCCACAAGGUAGGCCUUAUAAUAUCUUCCCUAUAAAAGCAUAUGCUCACAACCAAUGCCUAUGUGGAAAACCUUUGCCUCCAUGUAGAGGCAGGAAACAAGAAAGUACGGGCCAGUGAGAUGCUGACUCAAGUAUCCUAAAUAACUAGAAAAAAAUCAUAUGUGCAAUUGCCACCACAUUCAACCUUGUUUGCGUUCUGCAACACCUAGAAGAUCCUUGUUUCUUUUUGCACUAUUUCUGUAGUCAUGUUCAAUAAUUCAUAUGACUACUAGAGAAACAUAAAUUUCAAUUAAUAGAAACAGCUUCAUUUCACUGCUAAUUUCCAUUGUAUGACAGCAGUAUAUUGUAUA